AUGCUUCUCACAACAGUCUUCUCCGCCCUAGCCUCAUAUGUUUACAUUGCCCACGCCUGGAAAGUCUUCGAAGUUCCCCACGUCGAUGGACAGGACGACACCCCAGCGCUCGCGGCUGCCUUGGCCAACUUUACCGCAGAUUCCACCAUCCUAUUCAAAAAGGGCGUCACGUAUAAUAUCUUCACGCCAAUCACGUUCCCCGUUUUCACAAACGUGGAAGUGAGGAUUGAAGGCAAUUUGACGUACCCUGAGGAUAUUCCCACUGUACAAGCGAUCGUUGGGUCCUCGAGCUUCUCAGGCCAAUGGUUCAGCUUUUCCGGUGGUACCAAUGUCACCUUGCGAGGGUCAACUGACCCACACUGGGGAUGGGUGGAUGCUCACGGGCAAGCGUGGUGGGAUGCCAUGGAGCAAACGAACCGCCCGCAUGGCUGGGCGUUUAAGAAGAUAACAAACGGCGUCAUCCGGGACAUGAAGUUGUGGAAGCCAAUCGCCUGGAGCUUCUCAACGAGCGGCUCGACAAACUUGCACGCUUUUAAUAAUAAGAUCGUGGCGGUAUCGAAUUCUCAGGGCUUCCCAUUCAAUACCCUCUUUCCAUCCCGAGAUGCCGACAUUGUUCUAAUAUUGUGUCUAGGAUUCUCUGCUGGUGGCACGAACAUGCUCUUCGAGAACAACUGGAUUCAGAACGGUGACGAUUGCAUCACCGUUGGGAACGGUGCGAAGAACAUUCAUUUCCGAAACGCCUAUUGUGAAGGUGGACACGGUCUCUCGAUUGGCUCCCUCGGGAAAGGAGGCCAAGUCGCUGACGUCCAGAAUGUGUUAAUCGAAAAUGUUGUAAUGAAAAGCUCCCUUUACGGCGCUCGAUUCAAGAGUUGGACGGGUGGGCAAGGUCUUGCCCGAAACAUCACCUGGAAAGAUAUCGCAUUCAUUGACGUACCAUUCCCCAUUUACAUCACGCAAAACUACUGGGACCAAGGUGUCGGACCAAAACCAAAUGGCACUGGCACUCUAAACAACACACAUAUCCAAGAUAUCACCUUCAAGAACUUCGCGGGAACUAUCAGAGAUAAACCCUAUGUCGAAGGGUCUUGCGUGACGGAUCCUUGCUGGUACGACGUACCAGGUGCGACAGGACGAGAGGUUGCUAUUUUCGACCUGUACCCCGAUACUGCUGUAAAUGUCGUUGCCCAAAACAUUGUAGCAAAGACCCAGACAGGUAAGCCGGUGUCCGUGAUGUGCGAUCCCGCUACGGUUGAAAACGACGUCGGGUUCGUAUGCCAGAACGGUCGGUUUGUCCCAACGACAGCGGGUCUCGCUCUACCGUUUUGA